GAACCUCAUAGCUCCAAUCUCCUACCGGAAGCCUCAAAGAGGGUCAAGCAAACAUCCGGCAAUCAUGGCGUCACGACGGUCUCAAUUCCACCAGCAGGUGCUCAUCGACACCACUCCUCUUCCCGACAACAUCCCCCAGGUCCAGGAGAUUGGUGCCUCCUCCGCACCUCUGCUAUCAGCCUCUUUCUUCAUCGGCGCCCGAUGCCGCGACUACAACGAUGAUUACAUGCAGUGCAAGACCGAGAACCCCGGCAAGGGAGAGCUGAACUGCUUGACGGAGGGACGAAGGGUAACCCGCUGCGCCCAGAGCGUGCUCACGGAUAUCAACACACACUGCUUAGCCGAGUUCCGCAAGCACUGGGAAUGUCUGGACAACCGAAACCAGCAGCUCUGGCAGUGCCGCCCUGCCGAGUGGAAGCUCAACAAGUGUGUUUACGACAACUUGAAACUGGAGAAGAAGAUCCCCGAUCAGCCCACCAAUGUCACCCCCGUUGAGCUGAGGCCGAAGCAGAUUUUCGCCGAUGUGCGGAUUGGACCCGGUGACGGCAAGCCUUUCACUGCCGGAAAGUCAGAGGCUUCACAGUAGAAAGAGAAAAAGAGUUCAAGCUAUGCGUCAUGUACAAUUGUCACUUGAGUCAAAAUAAUAACUCACCAACAUAUUACGUACCACACUUCC